AUGGAAAAGGAAAUACCAACCCUUGAGCCUCCUGUCACAGAUUCUGAUAGUGGCAAAAAGACUGCGGUGAUUGUAUCAGCAAUUUUGGGGUUUCUUCUAUUUUGUGUAGUAGGUGGAUAUCUCAUCUGUAAGAGGACAGCCUGCUCCUUAAUAAGCAAAGAGGAAACAAUAAUCAAUUCAAAUGAAGAUCAGGGUCCUAUUCUUCUAGAGGAAAAUGUAGAGCUACCUUCAUUUAGCUUAGAUACUAUUGCCAAUGCUACUAACAACUUCUCCUUCACAAAUAAAAUUGGUGAAGGCGGUUUUGGUCCUGUUUACAAGGUACCUUAUGAUAGUGAGAUCAACCCCAAAAUUUCAGACUUUGGCUUGGCAAGAAUACUUGGGGGUGACCAAACUGGCAUGAAUACUAAGAGAGUAGUUGGUACAUAUGGAUAUAUGUCUCCUGAGUACAUAGUAGAUGGGCACUUUUCGGUGAAAUCUGAUGUCUUCAGCUUUAGUGUCUUGGUUUUGGAGAUAGCAUGGAAACUAUGGAUUGACGGUAGGCCCCUGGAGCUCAUAGAUGUUUUGAUGGAGAAUGUUCCUACAUCUGAAGUGUUGAGAUGUAUCCAAGUAGGACUAUUGUGCGUUCUAAAGCUCCCAGAAGAGAGGCCCGUAAUGUCAUCCGUUCUCUCAAUGUUGAAUAGUGAAAAUGUUUUCCUUCCCCAACCUAAACUACCCGGAUUUUACACUGAAAGAGCUUUUAUAGAGGCAGUUGAUUCUUCAUCACCGUUGAGUCACCAAAAUCAUGUUUCUGCUGACAUAUCCGUAACUGGGGUCCACUCUCUCGCAGAGAGUGUGGAGAUAUAUUCCUAUAGAGUUAUGCAACAUUUUUCUUUAAACUAUGACUACAACAAUUUUCACUGUUUUGUGUUAGAGCUAGUGAAGCAUCUAGGGGGAGUUUAG